AUCCUUUGUCACGACCUACACAUCAGAGCACUCGACCAACAACAACAACUCUUCUCACUAUUUUCCUUUCGCCAUCAUCCACAAUUGAGAACAAAUACCUUCUCGCGCUCCUCUUCCUAGGCGGAAUCACCAUGUCGUCCUUCAUCCAACGCCUCUUCCGACCCUUCUCGAGCUCCACCAUGCACUUUGCCGGCGAACAAGGCGCCUCCACGACAGCCAUGACUCUUCCCGAAGGUGCACAAAAGGCCACCAUUGCUGCGGGAUGCUUUUGGGGAGUGGAGCAUAUGUACAGACAUGAUUUUAAGGAUCGUGGGCUGUUGGAUGCGAGAGUGGGUUAUAUUGGAGGUGAUACGAAGGAUCCGAGUUAUCGGGCGGUUUGUUCGGGGAGGACAGGUCACGCCGAAGCGUGUCAAAUCGUCUUUGACCCUUCCAAAGUGUCGUAUCAGACUCUCUUGGAGUACUUUUAUAAGAUGCACGAUCCCACGACUGCGAACCGCCAAGGACCAGAUACGGGAUCGCAAUACCGUUCGGGCAUCUUUUACCAUGAUGAAGAGCAAAAGGCGAUUGCGGAAAAGGUCACCAAGGCUGCGAAUGAGCAGUGGUGGAAGGGGAAAGUGGUGACGGAGAUUUUGGAGGCGGGUGAAUGGUGGGAUGCGGAGAAGUAUCAUCAGAUGUAUCUGAACCACAACCCGGGGGGAUAUGAGUGUCCAAGUCACUUCUUGAGAAAGUUCCCGGACUUGCAGGUUUGAAGAGGAGAAGGAGAAGCAGAGAGGGACAUCAGUGGGAUGAGAAGAAAGAUAGCAAAUGCAAGACGUAUCUUAGGGAUGGAUCGGGACAAUGCGACACGUCUACAUGCUCUGUGCUGCAGCAUUGGGAGUUGAUAGGACAACACAGGACGCGAUCUCUUCUCCAUGCUCGGACUAUCGGCGCAAACCGCUAUAGUGCUGAAGACAUGCCAAAUCUGCCUAUUAUAAAAACUACCUUAUAUCCGGAAUAGUAGAUACUAUGGUACUCAAUUCACUCACCUAGACAGCUUCGAGGAGACACUAGUACCUGGUGAAUAAGAUAAUCGGAUAGCGAGAAGCAGUUCUGUUAGUCUAUAUACG